ACUCACGAGCUCAGCUGGCUUGCAGCUUGGCGCAUCGACUGACUGUGCAUGGGGGCCAGGGCCUACGUACAGUACAAAUAGGGCCCAGGGGCAGGGAGUUGUUGUAUUUGUAAGCUCUUGUUUGCCUGUUCAGGAUAUGUAGUCUAUUGUAGAUCCAUCCUUGGGCCCCAUGAUAGGAGAGUGAAAAGAAGUACUAGUAAUCGUGACUUAUUUGGGAAGUAUGGCUGAACGUUUGGACAGAAGGGUGAUCAUGGGCUGGCGAUGCCUGGUGGAUUUCUCGUCUCUCGUGGUGAUUGCUAUAGUGGUAGCCGUGCUGCAGACGGUUACGCCGUUUCACAGGGGAUUCUUUUGCGAUGAUCAAUCCAUUGUGUAUCCGUUCAAAAAGAGUACUGUCUCAACUGUGGUGCUCAUGAUCGUUGGCGUCUUCUCUCCGUUGCUUCUGUUCGCGCUUGGGGCGUAUCGACUGUCAUUCUUUGACUCCUGGGGCUCAUCAGCCUCUCGAUGUGAACUAAAUGUGCGAGGAAAGCAGUACCGCGUGAGCCCCUGCAUAGUGCACUUCUUCCACUUUGCCUUCAUCUUCAUCUUGGGAGGCAUGGUCAAUCAGCUGAUCACUGAUGUGGGCAAGGUGACUAUUGGCCGCCUUCGGCCCAACUUUAUCUCGGUGUGCAAGCCGAACUACACGGCGUUUAACUGCACGGAUGAGCACGGUUUGAAUCGCUAUGUCCUGGGCGAUUUUUGCACUGGUGAUAAAUCUGAUAUCGAAGACUCCAGGAAGUCGUGGCCAUCUGGCCACUCGUCAGCCUCAGCCUACGCAAUGGUCUUUGCUUUUCUCUACAUUGAGUAUUGUGCCAUCUUCCGGCGUAUGCCAGCGGCGAGGAACCUGGCCAAUCUGGUCUUCAUCCUGUUUGCUUUUUGCACGAUACUGUCACGCAUCGACGACAACAAGCAUCACUGGAGCGAUGUGUUAUCCGGUGCCUUGAUAGGACUGGGGGUUGCUCUUUCCAUGUUUUACAUCAAUUUCCCGCUGCGUGACCGCUCACAGUACCUGCAGCCUACGGAUGACGACCUAUUGCCGCAUGCUAUGUAUGAACGCUAUGAUGGCAUGCGUCACACCGGCAGCAGUGAUGAUAGUCUGGAGGCAGGUGGAAAACCUACAGGUGCUUCCCAAGAGAAUGCAGUAUGAUGUGUUAGGUUUUUUGUCCAGCCAAAUCCUCUUCACGUGUGUCUUCGAUACGGUAACAUGCCCAUGCACAGACGCAAACCAUUCCAGGCGUGCCUGUGUGGCAUGCUGCCAUAGCUGUUUUGCGUGCGUUGUGUUUGGGAAGACGAACGACACGGCUGCAUAAGUGUGCUGGCGCCCUAGCAAAAGGACGGCCGAGCUCCCUACACCCGACCUUGUGCUACCUACUGUGCUUGUGCAGCAGCGUACGUGCCGCAUAUUCUACUGACCACCUGACGUGCGUACACAGGAUACAAGCAACCAUCGUACUUCAGUGUAGAUACAGCGUAGACUCAGCCGCCAAAGAACCCAGUACCCAAGACUCUAGACAUUUUUCGAGGCAUACCCAGCACAUUCAAGAUUGAUCAUUUUUAUCCUGAUCGCAUUAGAAUUUUCAUGUAACGUUAGCAUGACGAUUAUGGAAGUGUUGGCGGUGUGAGCUCGCCAUCACUUGUUCAUAUGACGAGAUUAUCUUGUACCAGUCGCAACUAGUUACAUUUGACCAGACGUAGGAGCAGAGGUGUCGGUAGCACCUUCCACACAGACAUAUUCCGAUCCGGUAAUAGGAAGCAACCCGGGCUUUUUUUUAGUUCUUUUUAUCCAUUAUUUUUAGUCGGCGCGAAUCGUUUUGGCCCCCGCAGCUACAGCAGAGUGUGAACAUGUGCAGCUAACGUGGAGCCCAGCAUGCAAUUUUAUAACUGGCCUUCAGUUGCAGUGCAACUAGGACAUGUAGAGUGUUGUGUCGCUUUCCAUAAUUAUAGUUAUUUAAAAAAAUAGUGAAGCUACAGUAGAUUUUUAAAUCAACGAAAUCCUUUUAAUCUUGUUGACAGAUCUUUGUGGCCUAGAAAUCGCUCACUAUCGGUAGUGAAUAUGGAUACCUGGUAUGCAAUUAUACAAUGCGUAUUGAAUCUUUAUGGAAGCUCUCGGUCAAAAGUACAACAGUCUUGUUUGGA